AUGGGUUUUUUCUCGUCGCGCAGGGCAGCUGACGAGUCCCAGUCGUACGUCCAUAACGACAGUUCCGUGUCCAUGUCAAUGGUCCAGGUCAUCCGUUCCCGGUUGUCUGGAAAGUACAAAGGCAAGGAGCGCGAGACGCAUCUUCCUUCAAUGAUCAGGCACAGUGACCACAAUCUCCACCGUCUCAGCGCUGGGCGCUCCCCUCUCGGUACCGAGCAGGUCUUACAAGACACUCCUCAUAUACAUACGGACGUGAUCACGGCCACCCUCGCACAACGCCUCGAUGAACUUGCUGCUGCAAAUUUACAGGGCUUGCUCGAUGACGAUGAAUACCGUCUUCUGCGGCAAAACAUCUUCGAACGGCUUGCUUCAGGGAGCUCAGUCCCGCAGGAAGCAUCCCUUGUCCCCCUUGUUUCACACCCACCGAGCGUCUACAACCCGGCUUCUGUCAAAGUUCGCUCCCCGUCUGUCCGCUCCAAAUCCUCCAUUUCCUCCGCCAUGAGCAGUCUCUUUAAGCGCUCUUCUCGAAUUUCAGCUACCACUUCCCUCACCGCAACAGACGAUGCGUCCAUCUUCUCCAGCGCUACAUCCCGACGGCCAAUUCCCCGACAAAUGCGAAGUAAUGUUUCUCUGACGACGGAGAACCCGUCACGUACGGGUGACACGCAGUAUUUAGGCGUGAACGGGAGUACUAGCAGUAUCAAUGUCAGUGUAAAUGGGGGAAGAAGCAGCCCGUACCGCUCCCUUCGUCGCCUUCAAACAGGACCAGGAGCCACCCCUCCCCCGUCCUCCUUUCGUCUCAACAGCACUUCCGGCUCGCCUUCCACACUCAUUUCCUCAACAUCAACGACACCUCGCACGUCCUCACACACUCCCUCGCAUUCGCAGACCCCAUCACUCUCGCCAUCUACAAACCCAGCUGACCCCGAUAACCCCUCCUCAUCAGAGCUGAAGCGCCAAAUUGCAGAGCUUGAAGCCGAGGGCGGUCGGCUACUUGAUGCGUUCAAUGGGCUUGAGCUCACCACGCUAACUCGACGUCAUCCGCCGCGAACGCCUUCUGUGCGUCGUGUCCGCGUGGGAGUAGGGGGGAGUGAUUAUGGUAGUAGAGGUGGAGGAAGUGAAUAUGGUGGUAAAGGCGGGGUCAGUGAAUAUGGAGGCAGUGGGUACCUAAGCACCGGGAGAGGAACACCCUGCGAUACCGAUGCUCAAUCCGUGUGCUCCGCAUCAGCGGCCUCCAGCGUUAGCCAACCCCGGUCUCAGCCGCAGUCAUACCGGAAUCCCUCGUUACGUGCUCCACCAUCAACAUUAUCUGCGUCAGCAAGGAAGCGCAGUAUGUCAUCUAUAUCAUCUCGCGCACGCGUCCCCACGAAUGGCUCCAUGCAUGCUUCGCUCUCCUCGCCUGGACUGACCCACAGCAAGCUGCGGGAACUAGGCAGCGUCUCCUCUGUGAAUCUGGCGCGAGACUCCUCCGUCCACCUCCCAUCGACGCCGGUGCGUGAAGUACCCGAUGAUGAUGCAUCCAUCUUAGCUCUCGAGAGCGAGCUGAGUGAUAUUCGACGCCGGCGAGGAGAGGUGACGGCACGAUAUCAAUCACGGCUGGAGUAUUUGCGGGCGCAGCUCCGGGGGGCAGAGCUGCGGGAGAAGUUGAUGAGGAGGUAA